UCUACUCCCCAAACUCAGAAACCAUGUUUGAGGUGAGCAGAAGAAGCAACUUGCUUUCUGUAUCUUCAAUCGUUCUUCUUCUUCUCCUUCUCCUUUUGGUACUAAAUUGCCGUGCCAGUUCAUGCGGAGAUAUUCACAACAUCAGCUUUCCUUUCCGAUUAGGAGGAGGAGGAGGAGGAGGCAAUAAACGAUGCUUAUUUGACGACUAUUUCUCUCUGUCCUGCGAGGAGGAUAAUCGGACGUAUCUCUCCUUACACUCCGUCAAAUACCACGUUCAGUCCAUCAAUUACGGCAAUAGCUCCAUCCGUCUCACCCCUGUCGGCCUAGAUACGACCAAUUGUUCAUCUCUCCCUCUCUACUCUGUGAACCUAAAUAGUUUUAAUUUAUACUCUCUUCCUAUUAGCAUGUAUUACAUUAAAUGGCCUUUCCCUCGGGUAUAUUCCGUCUCUUCUACAUGGCCCACACCUGUGACAUUCUUAAGCUGUGAAUCUCCACUUCCUGCAAAAUCAUCUAGAUACUAUAUUGACGUUUCCGCUUCUUGUAAUCUAUCAUCAUCUUCGUUCAGAUCCGGAACAUCUUUGUACGCUGUAGUGGGCAAUAUAACAUUGAUGAACAUUGAGGAUUCCUGUACGGUGGAAACCACGGGAUUGACCUCUGAUCCCAACUUAUUAGCUGGUAGUAGAGUUAGGAGUAAUCUUUCCUACCAAGAUGUACACAACGCUUUGGCCUUGGGUUUUGAUACUUUUUGGCAAUUUAAAAUCUGUGGAGAAUGUGAGAAAAGGGCCUAUUGCCUGGGUGGUGGUGAUGCGUCUAGCCUGUGCCAAAAAGGGUGUUUUGAACGGUCAGGAACCUUCUGGCUAAUAUUUGAUGCUACUAUUAGAAGAACGUCUAUCUCCGUCCUUAGCUUUUUCUUGGUAGAGCCGCUAAUAGAUGAAUAUUUGAGUUGGACUCGGGACAACCAAGUCUUCUCACUUAUUGUGGAUUGCUCGGUCUUUCUUCUGCUAAUCACAGUUUUGUGGUUCCUUUUAAGAAUUCUUUGCAUGCCAUGCAUCUUUGGCUUUCUGAUCUACAAAUUCAAGAGGAGACAUUUCUCAACCUUCGACAAUAUCGAAGGUUUCUUGAGGGGUGAGAACAAUUUCAUACCUAUAAGGUACUCUUUCUGGGAGAUUAGGAAGAUGACUAAUGGGUUUCGAGAUAAGCUGGGGGAAGGAGGAUACGGUUGUGUAUACAAAGGAACUCUUCGAAGUGGAACUCUCGUUGCAGUAAAGAUGCUGAGCAAAGCUAAAGCUGAUGGACAAGAAUUCAUUAAUGAAGUCUCUACCUUAGGAAGAAUUCAUCAUUUGAAUGUGGUUCAACUGAUUGGAUAUUGUGCCGAGAGACAUCAACGUGCUCUGGUUUAUGACUUCAUGCCCAACGGUUCUCUUGAGAAGUAUAUAUUCUCCAAAGAGGAUAAUCCUUCCUUGAGUUACGACCAACUCUUUGAAAUUUCCCUUGGAGUGGCUCGCGGAAUAGAGUACUUGCAUCGAGGCUGCGAUAUGCAAAUCUUGCAUUUCGACAUCAAGCCCCAUAACAUUCUCCUUGGCGAGGAUUUUACUCCAAAGGUUUCUGACUUUGGUCUUGCAAAACUUUAUCCCGCACAAGACAGUAUUGUGCCUCUAACUGCAGUUCGAGGAACCAUGGGUUACAUCGCCCCAGAGCUAUUCUACAGAAAUAUCGGAGGGCUUUCUUAUAAAGCAGAUGUUUAUAGUUUCGGGAUGUUGUUGAUGGAAAUGGCUAGUAAGAGAAAGAACUGGAGUUCCUCGGUCAGUCACUCGAGCCAAAUUUACUACCCUUCUUGGGUUAACAAACAAUUCAGUGAUGGAAUAGAUGUUGAAAUGGGAGACAUGACUAAUGAGGAGGCAAAGAUUGUGCGUAAGAUGAUGUUGGUGGCUUUAUGGUGCAUUCAAAUGAAACCUAGCGAUCGACCUACCAUGCAUAAGGUUGUGGAGAUGCUUGAAGGUGAUGCAGAGGUUAUAGAGAUUCCUCCAAAACCAUUUUUGUUUGGUGAAGAUAUGGUAUUAGAGAAUAAUAAUAUCUUUAAUAUAUCUGGUGCUGGUGUGGAUGCUAUUACUAUGGAUUUCAGUGCUCGUUAAAUGUUUCUUAUGUAAGAAAACAUUCUCAAUUACAUGUAAUUUGUGGUGAUAAAUGUUUCUUACAUUAUAAAAUAUUGCUUACAUCUA